ACUGAGUUCAUUUGUGUAGUUUGCGAUUGCUACCAAAAUGUUUGGGUUACGCUAUUAUAGACCUGCGUCAGUAUAAGUUUUAAACGGAUUAGAACCGACACUGAAAAUUAAUUAAGACUUUACCUCACUAACUUGUAAUAACAAGAACCACAAUAUGUAUGGAAGUAAUAGUAAUAGUAGAAGUAAAUGUUUUUCUAUUUAACAAAGUUUGUGUCUGUGUUUAUUUAUAAUAAGUAUAAAAAUAAAAGGUGGUAAAUACUACGUGUGUUGAACAACAGAUGAAAUCAUUACAGCCAUAUACCAGUCGGAAUUCGUUAGUGGUACUGCUGUGGGAUUUUUUUAAUGAAGAGAAAUAACUGCAAGAUUCAAAUCCAACUUUCCGUUGUUGUUUGAUUACUGGAGGAGUUCAAUUCGCCUUGGAGUGUGUUGUUUUAUUUAGUCCAUUUAUGUAACUAAGAGGUGAUUUUACGUAUGGCUAACGCAGCAAGCAGCAUGCACACGGGCUGUCUAUUCGGUGUGGCUGUCAUUUUCAUCCAAUGUUUUGUUGUGGCUGCUUUCGACCAAUAUCGUCUGUCGGACGUCUGCAGCCAGCGGAUCUCCACGUUUGGCGGCGAGCUGAGCUUCGAUUCUGACCUCGCCCCCGGGGGUCAGCCGUGCGAGGUAGAACUGGUGGGGGUCGGGCCGACGGACACCAUGUGGUCCCUCUACUUCCAGACGUUCGAGGUAUCGGGAGUACAGGGCACCGGCUGCAGGGCCAACGUCACCAUAAAGGAGCCGGGGGCAGGCCCGGUGAUCUUCGGCGUCAAAACAGGUCUGUACGCAACUUUCUGUUCCCAUGACAACCGACUUGACGGCAACACGAUGUUCACAACGCUGGGUAACCGCAUUCAGGUCGUAUUCACACCCGUUUCACCGGGUCGGCAGGGAACCUAUCGCCAGUACGAUCAGCCGGACACCAGUCGCAUUGUGUUUCAAAUGAAGCUGUCCACAUUUGUCAUUAGAAGAACCGGCUGCAGUUCCCAGGAAGUAGACACCGGCAUGAUGACAUGCAAGUCAGGCCGGUGCGUGCACGAGUCGCUCGUGUGUCAUGACCUCAACCCGUGCGGGGACUUCGGCGACUGCGGCGACUCCUCGGGCGAGCCGAGCAACCUGGCGGGCAAGGAGGAGAGGUCAGGGGCCAGCUUCCUGACCGUGACCUUAAUCGUGGUGGGGGUCGUGUUCGGGCUGUUCGCUCUACUGCAGAUCGCGCUAAUUCUCAGAAAGAAGUCCUCGAAGAACGGCUGGAUUCACAACAAGGGUGGCUUAGUCGGAGAAUUCAUCCCGCAGAAGUCCGCCACCAACCAAACGUCGCCGAUAGAAGAAGAGCAAGUGGUAUUCAUAGAGACUUGAGAUAACAGAAAUCCACACAUAAUAUGCUCAUUCUUCAGUGAUUUAUGCGAGUCAUGAACGUGUUAGUUCAAAACAUCAAUAUCUAAUGCAUGAUUCAAACCUAAAUAUAGGUGCAUAAUGUUUGUGAAUUUUCUCUCAUUGAUUUUCAAGUAGUAUAUCUCCAUAAUUUCGUUCUUGCCUUUUCGAGUCCAAAAGUCGAUCAUUUAAAACUUACACGUCAUAUUCCUUUAAUAUUGCUUCAUAUUGUUAUUGGGAGAGACUUAAUGGACGAAAAGAUGGAAACGGAUCGGGUCUUUUAUAUUAAAUGCAUACAUUUUUUCGACAUUGAAGUAAGCACACCGUUAAUCAUGCAACUCAAAACCUAAGUGCGUUUGCAAAUAAAGGCUUCCAUUUAAAAAGGCGAUUGGGUAAUCUACAUAAUGACCCGUUUAUCCGUACGAAAAAUACAGCAACAUUGAAUGCUUAGGAUAGCAUACGUUGUUACUGAUCAAGAAAUCCCGUUUUAUAUAUGCAUGAACCAAUUUAGGCUCGAUUGGUCAUUGUCGGCUCGGGUACUACUAACAUGUACCCCGGGUACUCGUAUACUAAUAUGUACCCCGGGUACGGUAAAUAUACCUUAUCGCAGCCGGUCGAUAUUUAACUGUACCCGAGUUGUAUUCCCGCCACAAUUCCGAUGUCGUAAAACGCAAUACCGAUUACCUUAAACAAACUUCUCUUUAAAAAAGCAACCGUAUCAACAUGCUUUUUGAGCAUGAGUUUCAAUAAUAUAGAGGCCAUUUUACAGAAAAUUGACACAAAUGUGAUCAUAAUUAAUUAAAACAAGAGGGCCAUGAUUGCCCUGAAUCGCUCAACUGACUCAUUAAGAUCAGAUGAAAACUAUGACCUCUAUUGUCCACACAAGGUUUUUCUAUGAUUUGACCUAGUGAUUUAGUUUCUGACCCCAGAUGACCCAAAUACAAUCCAAAUCCAGAUUUCAUCAAGAUAAACAUUCUGACAAAAUUUCAUAAAGAUCUGAUGGAAACUGUGACCUCUAUUGUCUACACAAGGUUUUUCUAUUUUUUUACCUAGUUACCUAUUUUGACCCCAGAUGACCCAAAUACAAUCCCAACCCAGAUUUCGUCAAGAUAAACAUUCUGACAAAAUUUUAUGAAGAUUGGAUGAAAACUGUGACCUCAACGGUCUGCACAAGGUUUUUUUAAACUUUGACCUAGUGACCUAGUUUUUGACCCUAGACCCAAAUUCGAUUCCAACCCAGAUUUUAACAAGACAAUUAUUCUUAACAUAUUUCAUUAAGAUCUGAUGAAAACUGUGACCUCUUGUCAACACAAGGUUUUUCUAUGAUUUGACCUAGUGGCCUAGUUUCUGACCCACGAUGACC